GCCUGGUGCCUCCUCCCUCCGGCUCACACCCUCCCUCCCACCGCUUCGGAGGAAUAUCCCAGCCUGCUCCAAGGUGCAGCUGGGCACCCAGGGCAGGACGGAGCCAGGCCAGAGCGGGGUCUGCACCCACGGGGCUGGGAGAGGAGAGGAGAGGGGCCGGGAAGUUUGCCGGGCCCCGGGCAGCAGCGGCGGGCCGGCGGUGUGCCCGGUGCAGGCAGCGCGGGCUCCCACGCUCCCGCCUGCCAGCGCUGCUCCAGCGCUUGCGGUGCCCGGGAUGGGGUCCCCACACUGGAAACGGCUCUGCCUUUUGCUCCUGGCAGGUUUAACAUCCUCCCUGCUCCUCUACGGUCACUACUACGCUACGGUGGAGUCGACCACUAGCCAGAGGAUCAUAGCCAGUUGCCGCAGGCUUAAUGGUGCCGUGAUCAAAGGCUUCGAGGAGGACGUCGGGACCAAGAUUUCUUUCUACGGCUUCACGGUGAACACCAUGAAGAACUCCCUCAUUGCCUAUGAGGAGUACGGCUUCACCCAGAUACCCCAGGCCAAGGACUUGAGGUACAUCUUCAUCCCCUCGGAUUUCCGUGACUACGUCAUGCUGAAGUCAGCCAUCCAGGGCAGCUCAGUCCCCGAGGGCUCAGACAAGGGGGACGACCCACAGAAGUAUUUUGGACCAGAGGCAUCUGCAGAGAAGUUCAAGCUGCUGCACCCAGAUUUCUUGCAGUACCUGACAUCGAGGUUCCUGCGGUCGGAGCUGCUGAACACGCAGUACGGGUCGCUCUACAUGCCCAGCACCGGCGCCCUCAUGCUCCUCACUGCACUCCACACCUGCGACCAGGUCAGCGCCUACGGGUUCAUCACUGCCAACUACGAGCAGUUCUCAGACCACUACUACGAGUUGGAGAAGAAACCACUGGUGUUUUAUGCCAACCAUGACAUGAUGCUGGAGGCAGCACUGUGGAGGAGCCUGCACCGAGCAGGGAUCAUGACCCUCUACCAGCGGUGAGGCCGGGCUGUUGCCCACGGGGGCAAGUCCAAGGACUCCUGUGGCUCUUCUCCUCUUUCCUGAAGGCCACCUUCUCCUUCCCGAGGGCUCUCCCCAGCUGGCCAGCCCAAGGAGCAGACCCACUGCACUGCAGCUGGCGGUGGUGUGAUGGUAAGGGGUGAGCCAAAGCUGGUAGAGAAAUGCUGCAUUUCCUCGAGGAUCUCCGGCAAUGUUUCAUGGCUCAGUGUGAUUGAACAUGGCCUUUGGGGCACCAAGAAGCACCACGGCAUGUGGCUGUGACCUCCCGGCCCCACAAACGUGGCUGUGGGGCAGCAGUGGCUGCUGUGAAGCACUGGAGGGGCUGGGUGAUGCUGGAGCUGUGUACAUGUGGCAGCCUCUGGCUGGAAAACGCCCUUCACCUUGUUGUCACCCACCAGUGCCAACGCUCAGUACCAUGCUGGGAGCACAGCAGGCACGGUGAACCCUUGGGCUGGAGACUACAUCACCCAGCUAGCAGGAGGGGGCUGUGCUUGGAGAACACCUCCCUCCCUCACUGCAGAAAGCCCAAACUCCAGCCAGCUCUGGGUUGGCGUGUGCCGCUUCCAGAAGGAUCCGUUUGCCUCCAGGAUCAGUGAGAAAGACAGCAGCUUGCUGCCCUCCCCCAUGACUCUCUGUCAUGAUGUUUUCACAGAAUCACAGAAUCAUUCAGGUUGGAAAAGCCCCUUGGGAUCAUCGAGUCCAACCCUCACCCCUACUCUACACAGUUCUCCCCUACCCCA